CAAACGAACAUCGUAAUAAGUUCAUCAUACACAUUCGUAAUUGUAAUAAUAAUAAUAAUGGAAGAGUUAAACAGAGACCAAAUCUCGCAAUACAUUGGAAACGAUAUAAUUUAUAAAAUAGGCAAAGAGAAUUAUAAUAAUGGAUUGAUUCAAUUGGAAUUUGUUGGUAAAUAUUUAGUAAAGUCCAAAGUCAAUGAACAAACCAAAAAUAGGGUAAUGGUUGAAUUUAAAAAUGACGGUUUAAUAAAGAAAUCACUGUGCUCUUGUCUAGAAUACGAAUUUACAUCACCUUGUAGACAUGUAGUUGCCACUUGUUUAGAGUUAAUAGAUUACAUCAAGGAUCACCCCAAUAGAAUUAUAACCAAUAGUACUCUUUUGCAAGAAUUCCAAUUUACGAAAUCAAACGAACUAAGAGAUAUCCUCAAAGAGAUCUAUAUUGAUAACCCCUCCAUUUUUCUAUCAAAAUAUUAUAGCUUUGGUACCAAAAUAUUUAUAUGACCUGUCAAUAGGGCCAGAAUUAUUUAUUCAAUAGGAUAAUGUCACACUAUAUAGAUCAUAACAGAACAAACAUAUUAUAUAUUUAUUUAGCAACCACCUACAUACUGCUGCCACACGUCUCAGUAAUAGUCCAAGCAGAAUAGAAAUAAAAAAAUAAAUAAAGAUUAUUUAUAUAUAAAAUACAUGUACCGAUAUAUAUAUAAAUAUUUUAAUAUUGUAAAUAAUACUUUAUUUAUUAAUUUAU